AGCACACAGAAGCCCUCGGAAUCGGAAUCUGGGGGGCAGCAGCAGCUGGUGAUAACGCGGCGGAUCGGCUUUCAUACAAAACAAUAACAGAAUUGCCGUCAGCACGUAGCACGCCGGCAGAUUUCAGUCGCUAACGUUCGACGAGAGUCGAAAGUCAAGAGUUCUCGAGCGGAAUUUGAGAGAUUAUAUAGAGAUACACAACUAUCCCGGAGAUGCGCAGCCUCAACCGCUUUCGUCUCAUCACCUUCGAUGUGACCAACACUCUGCUCCAGUUUCGAUCCACUCCCGGGAAGCAAUAUGGCGAGAUUGGAGCCCUCUUCGGGGCCAGAUGCGACAACAAUGAGCUGGCCAAGAACUUCAAGGCUAACUGGUACAAGAUGAACCGUGAUUAUCCCAACUUUGGACGCGACACGAACCCCCAGAUGGAGUGGCAGCAGUGGUGGCGUAAGCUGAUAGCAGGAACUUUUUCGGAGAGCGGGUCAGCAAUUCCCGACGAGAAGCUGCACAACUUCACCAGCCAUCUGAUAGAGCUCUACAAGACCUCCAUUUGCUGGCAGCCAUGCAACGGCAGCGUAGAGCUCCUCCAGCAUAUCCGAAAGGACUUGAAGCCGGAUAAGUGCAAAGUGGGGGUGAUAGCCAACUUCGACCCCCGCCUCCCGGUUCUCUUGCAAAACACCAAGCUGGACCAGUACCUAGACUUCGCAGUGAACUCAUACGAGGUGAAGGCCGAGAAGCCCAACGCGCUGAUCUUUCACAAAGCAAUGGAGAAGGCGGGCUUGAAGGACCUCAAACCAGAGGAGUGUCUGCACAUUGGCGAUGGACCCACCACUGACUAUCUGGCCGCCAAAGAACUGGGCUGGCAUUCGGCGCUGGUGCAUCAGAAGAGCUAUGCGUAUCUGGUUAAGAAAUACGGCGAGGACAUCGACAGGGAUCAUGUCUUUCCCAGUCUUUAUGAUUUCCACAAGAAGAUCUCGGACGACGCGGUGGUUUGGUGAUCGAUUGUAAACAUUUUAAAGUAGAAAGCCAAAUAGUUCCAUGCCUCCUUCUUGGAUAUUGUCAUGCAUAUAUUUAGAUACCUUGAGGAUAUGUGCAUUUCGUGCCCUCGGUGAAGGUAACUGCAAGGCAAUGAAUCCUUAACUAGUUGUGUAUUAGCCAUUAAUAACGCAUAACUAUGUACAUAUGUAUCUUACUCAAAGCUUCUAGUUGUACUAAUGAUGGGGCGAUCAAAUAAAAACCUGCACCCACACAGCUGAUUGAUCAUAUGUGCUUAAUACAAUCGAUUUAAGAGGCCAAGAUUUCAAUCCAAUCGAUUGCUAAGGCGUAAUGUGACCCUAUUAAAGGCGUUGAAUACA